GUGAAGUAGCACAGGGAUACGGCCACUGUGAAAACAAACUAAGAAACUACCUCUCAUGAAAAUUUGUUAUUUAUUUAAGUUGCACUCAUGCCUUCAAACAUCUCAGUCACAACACCUAGUUACAUUAGUUGACUGCAGUUUCUGCUGUAUUCACAGUCUUCGUUCUCGACCUAUUCGAAUAUCGGUUUAUCAUGUUUACCUGUGGACUGUGGUUCUGAAUAAUCACAAUUUGUCAUAAAAGGGGCCAUGGCCUCAAAUGACUCUGGAGUCGAACUGGUAAUGAAAGCAAUGAUGGACCUUUUGACAGCAAAUCAGAAGACAAGAUCGACAAAAUUGAACAAAUAUCUACCGUAGGUGUGUCCAAAAUGUUUCCAUUAUUCCCUGAAAAUGUGUUCAGUAGCACAGAAAAUGCAGUGAGAAUGACAAGCUUUUUAUCUGGGCCUGGCCUACCACCUUUUAAGCUGCCAUCAUCUGGUCUUCCUCCAGGAUUUGCCAGAGACCCUGAAAGGAGAUCUUUGUUAAUGAUGAAACGGCUCAAUGAAGGGGCAUUAUUAGAUCAGGCUAAAAAACGAAGUGAAUGGAAAAAUUGGGAAUGGACUGAUGGUCUAGUUGAGCGCAAGUUGAGAAUCGCUGUCUCUACUAACAAUAUUGAAUUAGUUCAAAGCUAUUUAUUUUCUGGUGUGAACCCAAAUUGUGUGGACUCCAUGGGUAGAUCACCCCUUCACCUUGCAUCAUGCAGUGGCUAUUCAGACAUAGUAAGGUUACUCUUAGAGAAUGGAGCCAACCCCAAUCAACGUGACCGACUAGGCAAUACCCCUUUACAUCUAGCUGCCUGCACUAAUAACAUUGUUGUUGUUACAUUAUUGCUAAAAGCAGGAACUGAUGUAUGCACUAUUGACUUGCACGGGCGCAGCCCACUGCAAUUGGCUCAGUCAAAAUUAAAACUUCUUCAGAAACAUAUGAGCGGUGAUGGCACUUCUGAAAAUUGUGCCAGAAAUCAGUCCUUUCAAGUUGUUUUCCCUCCUAAGCAGUCCCUUGAAACUAUUGCAGAAAUGCCUGUAUAUGAUAAUGCAUAUGUAUCUAAUCAAGCUUUGCAGAUAGUUGAAAUGAUAAAACUCUUUCUUCAGAAAAGAGGGCAAGAAGCUGAGGCUGAUCUUUUGAGUGCUUUCUCAUCUCGCUUGAACUUAAGUGAAACGAAAGAGCAAGUGGAAACUCAAGUCAGGGACUUGUUAGACAGCUUAUCUGGUCUCAGUCUGAAUAGUAUGAGCAGUGCAAGCAGUGCAAGCAGUGCCAAUGAAACCCAAGGAUCAGCAAAUGCCACAAGCGUAUUUAAUAACAAUUGCACUACGAGUGGCCCUACUGGUGCUUCAUUUUUCUCCAAUGCCUUCUCACCUUCAAGCAGUGUGCCGAGUACCCCAUUCUGCUCGUUGAUGCCAUCGGCUGAUUCAGAUUCGCAGGCAGGACCAAUGCGGCAUAGAACAUUUCGUAGAAGAGCUAUGCGCCGGAUGGAGAGAGGGGUGGCUCAACUCUACCAUACACGGGAAAGGGAGAAAAACUAUGAUAACAACUGAAAUUAUCUACUUGAUGUGUUUAAGUUUUUUGUGCAUUUUAGCACAUUAUUUGUGAUAUUUGCCUUCUGCAGUGAAAUCAGCUUAAUAGUGUCAUCUCUUUUUUUGGGGGAAAGACAGUGAUAUUUGGUUUCUUACCUCAACCUUGUUUUGAGUCCACUUAAGUUGUCUGCUAAUGACAUUAAGCUGGUUUUCCUGCCCUUUUUGCCCUUUCUUAAAUAUGUCUUUGUCUUGUACAUACUUAAGAACUCUUGUUGAUCUGUAAGACAUAAAAUCAUUGUGAUAAUUUUAAGAAUGUUUUCUUCGUGUAAUGAGUUUUCAUCUUGUACUGAAUCCUUAUAUUAUGACUAUAAUUCAUUUUGUAGAGUUUCUUGUUUUGCUCAAAUUCUGGACAUCAAGAAUAGAGGCCAACCAAUUAAUCAAGACUUAAAUAAAGACAUACUGUUCAGAGACUCUUCACACAUGCUGA